AUGAAGUUCAUCGCUGCCGUUGCCAGUGCCGUCGUUGCCGUCUCCCUCACCGGAUGCAGCUCUGAUGAUAGCACCACUACUUCCGCUCCCGCAACCACUGUGGCCCCUACUACUGGCUUCCUUCAGCCUACCACCAGUGCCCCUACUGGUUCUGUCACCUGUCAGGCGCCCACUGGCAAGUACUGUGGUAGUUUCAUGGGUCAGUCGGCUGAUGUUACUAUCAACAAUGGCAAGUUCUCGAUGAACCUCGCUGGUCAGAUGUCCUGUGAUGACGUCCCUUUCACCAUGUCUUCUGAUUGCUCUGCUCUUGUCCUUGACUCGACUAAUCCCUCGUACGAGGCCAUGGCCAAGUCUGCUCAAAUGGAGACUUCGAUGUUGUCGCAGAUGAUGUUGUGUGAUUACAACUCUACUUCCAACGUCUUCACUCUCGAUGUUACUCAGAUUUGUGGUCACUCUUUGGAUAUGACUCCCGAUCAGUGUUCCAACUAA